AUGGAUAAUGGUAAACGUUCAGUGUUGCGAAAGACUUGGGAGCAACAAGAUGCCUCUUACCAAGGAAUGAUGUUAAAUUCAAAAGCACCGUUGCUGCAUGAGGAAGACACAUCAGAAAUAUUGUCGUAUCUCCCUACCUUACAAGGUCUUGAUGUUGUAGAACUCGGCUCGGGAAUCGGGCGUUUUACGGGAAGUCUUGCGAAGACAGCUGACCACGUGUUAGCUGUAGACUUUGUUGAUAAGUUCAUUAAGAAAAACAAAGAAGUAAACAGCAUGUUUACAAAUAUAGACUACAUCGUCGACGAUGCUAUGAAUAUCAAGCUGGAGCCGAAUAGUGUUGGGUUCGUCUUUACCAACUGGCUAUUUAUGUACCUGGACGACAAUGACACAACACGUCUGCUGAACAAUAUACUGAAAUGGGUUCCUUCUGAAGGCUACGUAUUUAUUCGAGAGUCCUGUCUUUAUGGAUCAGGUGAUUUGUCAUUUGGAGAAAAUACGACUUACUAUCGGGAAGCACGCCAGUAUGAAGAACUGUUUCGCACCAUCAGUACGACUACCAGUGGUGGAGCGAAGGAAUAUUGUUUUCGUAUAGAUAAGUCGAAGUCAUUAGACUCUUACAUCAAGGUAAUGAAGAACAAAAACCAGAUUGCAUGGCUCCUACAGAAAGUGAGGCGAGAGAACGAAGCUAGAUUGUAA